UAGGGCCGAGCGGAAGUACUCUGAUGUCCAAACCUUCACGUUCAGGCCUUUCUCCGUUCAUGGCUUCGUGACCAGCCUCUUAAACCCUAAAACUCUCUCCCUCCGGGCUUUCCUGACAUUGCUGCUACCUGCCCUGUGUCCGACGAGUACUUUAGCUUGCUUACGGCUCCCGCCGUUUAGUUUGCAGUGUAGUUGCAGGAACUCGUAGCGCGAAUUUUAGGGUUUAGGUCUGUGAGUGGCGGAGUUCUUGAGGCGAGAUUGGUUUUGUGCUGGUGUAGAGAUGAGUUGGGUUUAGAGGGUGCGGUGGCGCUGGCGGUGGAUUGCUCUGGGAGUGGUCGCAGAGAGAGAGUGAAGGGAAAUUUUGAAGAUUUUCCAGGAUGCCGCUGGCGCAGAGGGCAGGGGAUAACAGCGAGGCACGCUACUGUGGGGUUGAGGUAGGGUUUAGCGAUGACAUUCAGAACGCGCUGGCGUUUGCGCUGGGCGGGCAGUUUGAUUUCAUUGCUGCGUCCCUGACGGAUCCGAACUACAGACCCAGCGAGGGUAAGCCAGGGCCCCCACCGUUUGCUGGGUCCGAUCUGGUGCUAAGCCCCUCGCAAUGGAGCAGUCAUGUGGUGGGCAAGAUGAGUCCGUGGAUUGAUCUUGACUCGCCGGAUGAGUUGGCUCGCCAGGAUGCGGAGGUUACUCUGAAGCAAGAACUUAGCUGGGCGACGCAUCUCUCCCUGCAGGCUUGUUUGCUGCCUACCCCUCGCCCUCUUAACUGUGCUAAUUAUGCACGAUGUGUGAAUCAAUUGCUCCAAGGGCUCAGCAACCUCCAGCUGUGGCUUCGGAUUCCGCUCGUUGCUCCGGAACUUCAGGCCGUAGAGGGGACCCCUGAGGAGGAUGCCGUGUUUUUGAAGCGGGAUCCGCUAUCUGGUAGGCCGCUGAACGAUUCUUGGGAAUGGUGGAACAUGUUUCGGUCUCUGUGUGAGCAUCACAGCCAACUCUCAGUUGCCCUCGACAUUACGGGAUCUUUACCUUCCCCGAGUUCCUUAAAGAGAUGGACAGGAGAGCCUCUGCGAGCCGCUAUAAUCCAUACUAGCGCUUUUCUUACCAACAAACGCGGAUACCCUUGCCUUCCCAAGAGGCACCAGAAUUUUAUUACCAGUCUCUUCAACCAUAAUGUGCAAAUUAUUGUCUCGGGAGAUCCGAUGCAUCUCGUGGAUGGAUCAGAAAAUACCACAGCUAGCAGCGAGAGCAGUGCGAAUGGCUCCGAGGAUGGAGUUUUCCCCAAGCACCCCUUGCGGCCAUAUCUGGAGUAUAUUGGAUACUUGUAUCGCCGCAUGGCCCCCCCUACCGAGCAAGAGCGGUUUGAAAUAGGGUAUAGGGACUUUUUGCAAGCGCCUCUGCAGCCUCUAAUGGAUAAUCUGGAAGCCCAAACAUAUGAGACGUUUGAAAAAGAUUCCACAAAAUACAGUCAAUAUCAGAAAGCGGUUUUCGCCGCUCUGAUGGAUCGUGUGCCGGAUGAUCAGACGACCGUGGUUCUUAUGGUCGUUGGAGCCGGACGGGGGCCAUUAGUGCGUGCGUCUUUGCAAGCUGCUGAGCAAGCCGGACGCAGUCUUAGGGUUUAUGCAGUCGAAAAGAAUCCAAAUGCGGUGGUCACUCUUCACAGCUUGAUCAAGCUAGAGGGUUGGGAAGAUUUAGUUACUGUUGUCUCUUGUGACAUGCGAGAAUGGAAUGCUCCGGAGCAAGCUGAUAUACUUGUGAGUGAACUGCUAGGGUCUUUUGGAGAUAACGAGCUUUCUCCAGAAUGUCUUGAUGGAGCUCAAAGAUUCCUAAAACCAGACGGUAUAUCCAUACCGUCGUCCUACACAAGUUUCAUAGGUCCCAUCACUGCGUCCAAGCUGCAUAAUGACGUAAAAUCAUAUAAUGAUUUGGCUCAUUUUGAGACCGCUUAUGUGGUGAAGCUGCAUAGUGUGUCAAGGCUGGCACCGCCGCAGGAAGUUUUCACAUUCGAGCAUCCCAAGUUCGUUGGAGGCAAGAUUGAUAAUCGAAGGUACAAGAAGAUGUUGUUUGAGCUCGCGGAGGAUACCGGCAGCGCUCUGGUGCAUGGAUUUGGAGGCUACUUUGAUGCCGUGCUGUAUAAAGAUGUACACCUUGGGAUUGAGCCGUCUACUGCUACUCCCGACAUGUUUAGUUGGUUUGCAAUAUUUUUCCCCCUUCGAAGGCCUAUUUAUGUACCUGCAGGCUCAGCUUUAGAACUUCAUUUCUGGCGUUGUGUAGGACCCAGCAAAGUCUGGUAUGAGUGGUCUGUCACUUCACCAGAUGUUUCACCCGUGCACAAUCCCAAUGGUCGCUCAUAUUGGGUUGGAUUGUAAGACAAAAAGAAAAUGUUUUAAACUAUUCCUUGUUCUUUCUUCAUCGAACUCUUUAGGUCCUUUGUUAUUUCACAGCUAACCGGUUUCGGAAUAGAUCUGACUUCUAGGCUAAUAUUAGAGAUACUUGGUUUGUAAUCAUGCAAAAUUUCUCAACCAAAAGUAUGUUCACUGCU